CAAGAUUCGAGUUUUUAUACUUUUCUUUGGAGUCUUUUAACGUAGUUUACGUACCUACGAAGUUGAAGAUGUCGCAGAUACGUAUUUCCUCUAUCACAGCUUCUCAAACCCGCAGCACAAAGAGCGAGGCUUGGAUGAAUUCGAUCCGCCAGAGUUCCGAAGCUCUUCAGGAGUUUAACCAGUUGAAUCCCAGAACGGUUUCCUCCGAUGUUAUCCUGCAGAAGCUAGAACUGAUUAAGGACAUUCUGCUGCAGAUGGACCACGCUCGCAAGGAAUUGUCAGCCGACGAAGUGCGGAAUAUGGUCUCUGAGCAUUACUCUGAUGUCUUUGCGCUUUUACUUGGGAUUUACAGAAAUUACCCUCCUGGCAUGAAAUCCAUGUUUUUUACGAGAGAAGGGCUGAAAUUUUUUAUGGAUGCGUGCAAAGAUCAUGUUUCUAAUCUGACCAAACCAGCGUAUAAUGAUCACCAGUUUGCUUCGCACUGUCUGCGCCACAAAGUAGCAGAUGAUUCGGCUUUUCCCGUAGCCAUAAUUUUAUGCACAAUCAUGGGCCACAUUCCUAAACGUAUCGGACAUAUGAACCACUGGCUGACCGCGGGAUCGGAUGGAGAUCUUUUGUUGAUGAAUCAGAUGUUUUCUUGUCUUGUCCAUCUGCAUCCGGAAAUCUGUCUGCCCGCUACGAUCAAGCAGCAGGAUUUCUAUACAUAUGUCCUUACCGGUGUGUGCUCCAUUAUUCCCGUCUUGAACAGUCAGCAAAUCGCCGAAUGCCAGAAGUCGCUGCUCAGACAUUUGCAAUCAGACCGCUUUUUAGUUGCACUUUUUGCGUCUGAUGUGAUCAAAUUUGUAUGUCGGUAUGUGUGUCGAAUUUCGUCAUUUGAGAUUGCGUUCAGGAUUACUGUCGCUGUGUUUCGAGGCUUUGUGGACGGUUUCCGUGGUGGAUUUGGGAAAAUGCACAAUGCUGUUAUUCGAAAUCUUUGUGCACGAACGUUUGCAGAGCUCCCGGCAUCAAUGAAGGUGGAAUUACUGGAGAUGUUUCCAGUUAGACGGCACUUUUUUAUUUGGAGUUAUUUACCACUGGCUUCGUAUUCGGAACUGCAUUCCUCUUCUGUUUUUCAAGAGCUGUUCAACGAAAGCAUGACUACGAUUGACGGCGUUUUCGACAAAAAUACCUCCGCUACAUCGAUGCAGAUGCUAGUAGUGCGACUCCCUCUGAGUUUGCGUUGUCUGACGAAUUUGCUGCCAUUAUUCGAUGCGACGAAACCCGGUGAAUGGGAGUUCUCUCCAGCGGGCAUAGCGAAGCAGUUUAUGCGGUUAUUUCGUUUCCUCACGGUGGAACAGUUGUCACUUCUUCCUUUGAUUCAGACCUCUUGUUGUGCGCUGCUGAAGCUGGGAUCUGCGUUGUACCGAUAUUUAUUGGAUACUGAAAUCGUUGAGAUUAUGAAAUAUCUGGUGGAAAAUGAAAAAGAUCCUGACGUAUUGAUCGCCGGCGUCGAUUUUGUGAAGAGCAUUGUGCCACAAAGAAAGAUCGGGAUUGGUCUUUCGGAAUAUAUUCGUAAUUUUUUUUCGAUGUUGUGCAGCCAUCAAAACGCGUUGGUCAAGAGCUGUGCAGUGUCUGCUUUUUGUUGGAUUGGGAUGCACAUACGAUGCGAAAGGUUACUUUCAUAUCUGUCUGGUGGCGUCCGUGGGAACGAGAAUGUCUUUACCUAUUUAUCCCUUGGGCGAGUCGAAGAUAAAACGCUCGCACGAAUGUAUGCCACCUUGCAGCGGCCGGUUGAUUCGGAGCACCCAGUCGGAGCAACACGUAGUUUAGAAGACUGUGUUGACCAUGCCGUGGAUAAGUCGCGUAAGCGAAAGAAAUCCGAGUGCGAGAGCGUGGCGUCCGGCGAGUUCGAACCUGAUGCGAAGGAUGCCGACCUGGAUGAUCUCAUCUGACUGGCAUCGCGAAAAAAAUAACGGCAGCAUGAAUACGCACAUUUUUUGUUCAGUAUGUUGCUUUUUCUGUUUCCUGUAGCUUUGGAGAACGCAAAGUUAAUGAGUCGUUUUGCUAAUCCGGU